AUGCUAGAUCAAUCAACUAAUAUCUAUAACCAGGUUCUUUUUGGUAUUAGCCCUGAAGCCAUGCGCCCAAUGCAAAAACUCCUAUAUAAGUUCAUUCUAAACGAAAUUCCUUACCAUGAAGCAGCAAUGAAAUCCCGUGAACUUAUUGGAACAUCAGAACAUAUUGAAAACCUCAUGCAACUAAUGCAAGUUCCUGAUAAACCGCCGGUUGCAGCACAAAUCACUCCAGACAUGUACUUGGAUAAAAAAUCCAAGACAUGGAGUCAAUAUGAAGAUCAAAGACUAUUAGCAGGUAUCCACAGAGGAGGAAUUUUAGAUUGGAACAAGAUCAGUGAGUUUGUUGGUAAUGGAAGAAACCGUGGUCAAUGUGCGCAAAGAUGGUUCAGAUCAUUAAAUCCGACAAUUAACAAAACAGCUUGGACAAAAGAAGAAGAUGAUUUAUUAUUGUCUUUGGUGAAGAAACACGGUCACAGAGGUUGGACAAAAAUUGCUAACGAAAUUGAUGGUAGAACAGAUGUUCAAUGCAGGUAUAGAUUUCAAAUUAUAUCAAAGAGACCUUUACCAAAGCGUCCAAAACUCCCAGUUGAGAAUAAUACUGUUUCAAUCCUUCAAACUUCUACUGAAGAAAAAGAAGAAAUCCCAGGUGAUAAAAAAGUGCCAGAUCUGAAUAACUUAGAUUGCGAAGAACAAAUGAAUCAAAUUGCAGAAUUCUGUAAUAGCAUGCAGCUCCUUGACCUAUUGAAUGAAGUCAAAAGCGAUCCAUUCUCUCUUUUGAAACAAUAUAAUGAUUAA